AAUAUUUUAAAGGUUUAAUUUUGUAGAGAAUUUGACCUUACGUCAACGCUAGUACGGUCAAUUUACCUGAAAUGAUCUCUCCACGUAUAUGGAUACGGACGGUGUGAAUACAAGACAUACAUCACGUAUGGUGACGUAACUUCGUAGCGAGGCUCGGUAAUCAACCUGCUAAUCCGCGUCCCUUAUUACCACGACCAAGUAUCAAAGUUUAUCAGAGCAUUAAAUAUCUCCGCAUCGAAUUAUGCACGAGCUAUAAAUUCGAUUCAAUCUAUCAGAAGUACUUGCAAGCCUUACUAAUAGACUCUUCUUUCUGACCAGAAAAAUGGCUUUGAAAGGAACCGUCGUCUUCUCCACCAUCGGACGCCCCUUCUAUGGCUUCGACAUUUUCUCUAUCACUCUCCCCUAUAACUUAGAUGCCGUUAAUGAGUUGACAGAACGCCGUCUGACAGACGGCAAGUCCGUUGACUUCAACGGCCAGUUCCUCGACGAGUCUAAAACGGUGGUUUUCGUCUCUGAGCGAACCGGCGCACCGCGACUUUACCUCACGCAGCCCGUAAGUCCCGUCCCUACGCAGAUCCCGACCGUUCCCGAGAGCCUCUUUCUCGACCGUCCGAUCAUCAAAGACGGACGGCUGUACUUCGUGUCAGCUCACGAGAAGGCCGAUAAGAUGCUGAACAGCUGGACGGCUGUUUACACGGCCGGACCCGAGGACGGAAAGAUCACUCGCCUGACACCGUACGGAGCAGUCGACUACAGGCCGUCGGUCUCCGGUACCGGAAAAUUCGUCGCCGUCGCGUCUUACGGACACCAGCCAUGGGGUGACGAGAUCCAGGAGCUCGACACGGACAUCGUCGUCUUCCGGCCAUCCGAUCCGGAGAAACGGACGGUGAUCUGCAAGCGUGGAGGGUGGCCCACGUGGUCCGGCGACUCGACGGUCUUCUUCCACCGGAAAUCUGAGGACGGGUGGUGGAGUGUCUUUCGAGCCGAUCUUCCGGAAAAUCUCGGCGGCGAAUCCGUCGAGCCGCGAUGGAUCACGCCGCCGGGAGUCCACGCUUUCACUACGGCGGCGUCAAAUGACGGUAAAAGGAUUGCUGUCGCGACGCGGCGGCCAGGGACGGAGUUCCGGCACGUCGAGAUUUUCGAGCUGGAGACCGAGUCGUUCUACCGAGUCACUGAGUUGCUGAACCCCGAGUUCCACCAUUACAACCCGUUCUUUUCUCCUGAAUCGGGGAUUUUGGGCUACCACCGGUUUCGCGGCGAGUCUGACUCUGGCGAGUCGACAAUUCCGCAUCUCGAACCGGUGAUUUCUUCUGUGAAAGAUAUGAGGCUGCUUCGCUUGAACGGACAUUGCGCUUCUUUCUCUCCCGAUGGAAAGUUCAUCGCCUUCAACCCGAAUUUGGAUACCGGAUUGGAUCGGAAUUCGGGCGUGCGGAUCGUGAGAUCGGACGGUUCGAAGCGGUGGACCGUCUUGAAGAACCGGAUCGCAUUCUCCACGACAUGGAGCCCGACCGAGAAGGGUGUAAUUUACACAUCUGUGGGGAUGAUCUUCGCGACCAGCAGAUCAACGGUCCACAUCGCGCGGAUCUCCUUCGACCUUGCCCAUCUGGACGAUGAUCGUGACGAGAUCGCAGCCGAUGUGAAGAUACUUACACGCGAAGAUACUGGCAACAACGCGUUCCCGGCCGUCUCGCCGGACGGAAAGUACGUCGUAUUUAGAUCAGGAAGGAACGGCCACAAGAACCUGUACAUCAUCGACGCCGUUGAUGGAGAAUUCAACGGUGGGAUCCGUCAGCUGACUGAUGGACCGUGGAUCGAUACGAUGCCGAGCUGGUCGCCGGAUGGAGAACUCAUCGCAUUCUCGUCCAACAGACACAACCCACAGAGCACCCGCGGUUUCAGCAUCUAUCUAAUACGUCCGGAUGGCACGGAUGUCCGUCGUGUCCACGUGGCAGGUCCCGCGGGUUCUGAUGAGGUGGACAGGGAAAGGAACAACCACGUGGCAUUCAGUCGGGACUCGACGUGGUUGAUCUUCGCGGGCAACUUGGCUGCGUUGUCUGCGGAGCCAAUUUCAACGCCGCAUCAAUUCCAGCCGUACGGGGACAUCUACGUGUCGCGGCUGGACGGGAGCGGGUUGGAGAGGCUGACGUGGACGGCGUACGAGAAUGGGUUGCCAGCGUGGCAUCCUAAUGGGGAGGCGGACAUGGGGCCCACCUCGGACGCUGCUGAUGCGGACAAGCUGCGUGGCCAGUUUGACGAUAUCAGAUGGAUUCUCUAAUUCCCAUGCGUAAAGACAACACACGUGCUGCAGUUACCAUCCAGACCGAGCUCAGAACUCGUUGGUGCUAGAAUAAAGUUGUGGGUCCCAUCAUGAUGCGUGUGUUUUAUCCAUGCCG